CACGGAGAUCGAGUCGUAAACACCAGUUUGUGGUUGCCAUGAUGACAAUACUUAUCUCACAAAUUGCUGAGUAAGGGUACGAUCGAGUUAAAAACGGUACUUGCAAUUUCCAGGAAAAGAUUACCCCGUCAAAUGGUGGUGAGCCAACCGCCCAGUUUGUGGCUGCCAUGUUGCUAGCUUCUAAUAAGUGCACUAUGCAGACAACUAACGAACAGCCUGACAAAAAAAAAUUGCAUAAGACAUAGUAUUCUGUCCAGGCACCUUAUCACCAUCUAUAAAAUGGCCACCCCAACCAGCAACACUUCAUCACCUCUCUCAUAUGUCCUUAGCUCUUUAGCUCACACGCACAGUCGCGUGUACAGAAGCUAAGAGAAGCAGAAAGAGAGGUGCACAAUGGCUGCUUCCUUCCGGCUCACCGUGGUGGUGACAUGCGCCUUGGUGUUGGCGUCGGCGUGCCAGGGCUUGGAGCUGGGCUACUACAAGAAGACGUGCCCCCGCGUGGAGGCCAUCGUCAGGGACGAGGUGAAGAAGUUCGUCUACAAGAACGCUGGCAUCGGCGCCGGGCUCAUCCGCUUGAUCUUCCACGACUGCUUCGUCCAGGGAUGUGACGGCUCUGUGCUCCUGGACCCGACGCCGGCGAACCCGCAGCCAGAGAAGCUGAGCCCGCCCAACAUGCCCAGCCUCCGUGGCUUCGAGGUGAUCGACGCAGCCAAGGACGCAGUCGAGAAGGCCUGCCCUGGCAAGGUGUCCUGCGCGGACCUCGUCGCUUUCGCUGCCCGUGACGCUGCCUACUUCCUCAGCAGGUUCAAGGUCAAGAUCAACGUACCCGCGGGCCGCCUCGACGGGCGCGUCUCCAAUGCCUCCGAGGCCCUCGACAACUUGCCGCCGCCCUUCUUCAACAUCACCCAGCUCAUCGACAGCUUCGCUGCCAAGGGGCUCGACGCCGAGGACAUGGUCGUGCUCUCAGGCGCGCACACCGUCGGCCGCUCCCACUGCUCGUCCUUCGUCCGCGACCGCCUCGCCGUCCCCUCCGACAUCAACUCCUGGUUCGCCAACAUCCUGAGGAGGAAGUGCCCCGCCAACCCGACCCCGGCAAACGACCGAACCGUGAACCAGGACAUCUUCACUCCCAACGCGUUUGACAACCAGUACUACAAGAACGUGCUGGCGCACAAGGUGCUCUUCACGUCCGACGCGGCGCUGAUCACCACGCCGGCCACGGCCAAGAUGGUGCGCGACAACGCCUACAUCCCCGGGUGGUGGGAGGCCAAGUUUGUAAAGGCAUUCGUCAAGAUGGCGGCCAUCGAGGUGAAGACCGGCCACCAGGGAGAGAUCAGGAAGAACUGCAGGGUCGUCAACUAAGAUCAUCCGCGCGGGCACUACUGAUCGAUCGGAUGCAGCCAUCCACAUUGCUUCGUUCAUUUAUCAGAUUUCGUUUUUGCGCUUUCAAAACCACGCGCGGGGUUGAUUAAUCGGUUUGCAUUGUUUUCAUUUCUUGAUUCAUCAUUUGGCUUUCUUAUCCUUUCAGUCUCUAGAAUGUAUGAUGUUAAUCUGUUGAGGAUAAUCGAAUAAGUAUAUCUAUCUAUACCCUGUAAAAAACACGAGUUAUAACAGAAUCAAAC